AUGAUGAACGACGAACAUGCAACUAAUAUUUUUGAGCAACUUCGAAAUUUAGUACCAGGCGUUAAUCAAUGUGAAACUGAGCUUGAAUUUAUUCAAUGUAUUUCAAAUUAUAUUCUUCAUUUACAAUCUCAACUUGUUAGUAAACAGCAUAAUAAACGAGAUAUAUUACGAUCACUUGACUACAAUCACCAAUUACCAUGA